AUGUUCAGGAUUUUCAUAACCGAAGACAGCACAGAUCUUCACUCCACCAUACAUCCCUUCUCUGCACGUGCCGAUCUCAUUUGCAAUGCUACAGCAAUCAUAUGGGAUGAGUUGCCCAUGGCAAACAAAGCAGCUUGGGAGUGUGUGGACAACUUAUGCCAUCGCAUCAUGAAUGUCUACGACAAACCUUUUGGCGGGGUUCCAAUGAUCGGUUUGGGCGACUUUCAUCAAGUAGCGCCUGUCAUGAGCGGUGCUGGUGAGUUGGCUUCCUUGGCUGCAGAGCCCCUUCAGUGA